UUCUCCCUUCUUGUUAAAGAACUGUCGAUGGAGUCUGCGUCUUCGCGAAGAUCAUUACUCCCACGUGCGAGUGGAACCAGUAGCCGGAAAUCUUUACUGAAGCGAAUCGAACCAGCAAUUUGGGACAAAUCGUGCCCGAUAUGCCUGGGCCGCAUCGACCAUCGCAGAGCGGCGGUGAUCACGGCGUGCCUGCAUCCUUAUUGCGUCGAUUGCAUUCGAAGAUGGAGCGAUUUGAAGCGGAAGUGCCCUGUGUGCAACGCGAAAUUCGAUGCUUGGUUCUUCAAGAUCGAUCUCCGGUUUGGAACUUUUGUCAAGCAGCGAUUGCCAGCUCUAGCCGAUAAUAGAAAGGUCCAAAUAGAAGGUUCCCGCGGGAUAGGAAGAUGUCCUCUUUCGGAACGAAGGAUUUUGAGAAGAUCAAGAGAGGAAUUUAAUUGUGGAAGUUGGCAAACAAGACCGUUGCCUAGACGAAGAUGGUUUAGAAGGUCGGAAUCAGAGCCUUCCGAUGCUGUUGCUGAGAGAGUUCUUCAGUGGCGUGUUAGCAUAUACGAGCAGCAGUUGCAGGCUGUUCCAUGUUUUCCUCAAAGUUGUCUUGGAAAGAACAUAACAGCAAAUAAUGUUGCCAGAGAAAGGAUACUCCAAAAAAUAGAGCCAUGGAUUCGCAGGGAACUGCAAGCAAUCCUUGGGGAUCCCGAUCCAUCUAUAAUUGUGCAUGUAGCUUCCUCUCUGUUCCUGUCAAGCCUUGAAGAGAAGCAUGGGUUCCCUGCUCAACAGGCUGUUCUUGAGGAUAACUAUCUUGAACCUUUGCAACGAUUCCUGCAUGAAAGGACCCAUAUGUUUUGGCAUGAACUUAGAUGUUUUGCAGAAAGUCAAUUCAACAUGGAGGCAUAUGACACAAUAGUUGAAUAUAAAAGGCAAGAAUAAAUCAACCUUGUUCCUUUGUUGUAUCAAGGAGGCGCUAUGUUGGCUGAGCCGGAACUUGAGGAGUCCAUGUUCUUCAUAACAGAAUCCAGCUGCAAGGAUGUUGCAGUAAAUAUGUAAUGUUUCGAAUCUCUCCUGCUGUGAAUGUAACAAGGUCGUCAUCUUUACCUGUCGAGAGAAUCGAAGUCAAUGAUCUUAGCCUGGUGCCUUAAACAUUAAAAUGGAUGUUGCUGUUGUAUUCAUAUGCAGCAUGAAACAAUGAGAUCAACCCAAUGUUUUGGGGAGUUCAUGA